CCAUGUCCGGGACCAUGUCCGUGCCGUGGAGCCUGCUGUUCCUGGGCUUGCUGUGCCGCGCCGAGUCCAGCUGCUCUCCGACGUCUUACUACAAGAACUGCUGGAUCCGCCGCUUCCCGGGGCUCCUCAUCGACAUGGAGGAGUCCCAGAGGAGAGGAGCGCAGCUCCUCAAGUCCUACCAAGAGGAGACCGCCUUGAAAUGCAGCCGGACGUGCUGUCUCGCCAGAAACUUCUCCUGCAAUCUGGCAGUUUUUCACUACGACGUUGUGCAAGAAAACGUGAACUGCUUCCACCUGCACUGCCCCACCCUGGAGAGCUGCAUCCUCACCUACAGGAGCAACGUCGUCCUGUACAAUAUCACCAAAGGUUUGGAUCCGGACCUGCUGGUAUUUGGAAAGUACUUCACAUCCAAUGUGCGUGUGCUGCCCCACUUCUACGCCCGGGUCAACGCCUCGGAGCCGCUGGCCUCGGACAAACGGCAGUUCAGUCGCCCGCUGCUUCCGCCCGCCCCGCCGCCAAUCACAGCACCUGCUGACGACCCCAACACCACCACCAUGGGGAGGACCCCUGCCCUCACCACCACCACCACUUCCGCCACCACCUCCUCAGCUUUGAGGAGCACAAGUCAGUGGCCUCCGAUGAUUUCAACCACAACGAUGGCCACUUUGUUUUUCACAUCAACGCCCACACCGGCCCCAAGCGACCACGAACGCACCACAUCCACCCCGCCGUCAGACCCCUCCACCUCCAGCGCUCCUCUGACACCCAAAACUUCAUCCGCCACAACCUCACACACUCCGUACACUGCCCACACCACCAUCACCGCCACCGCCGUCUUAUCAGCCACCAGCAACAGUGCUGCAAUCACACGGCUAUCCCCGUCCGCCAUUCCUACCCGACAGAGCACCUCCACCCUUUCUCAAGCAGACGCCGACACCCUGACCACCUUCACCACCAUGGCUAAAGUCGAGAGCAGCAAGCAGUACCCCAACAACACCAAGGUCUACCUGGACAGAAACCACACAGUAGGCGGUGAGGGCGGGCUGGGCGUCGGGGGGGGAUUCACAACACAGGGGGCGCUGGGAUCCGGGUGGCAUCUUGCCGCCCACACCCUUCCGGUGGCGGUGGCGACGUGCAUCGCCGUGCUGCUGAGCUGCUGUUGUUCGCUGGUGGUGGUAAUGAGCUGGUGGGGCCGCAGGAGGAGGAAGGGAUGCUACCGGACGGCCUACAGAGGGAGAGGGGGCUCCAUGCGUCUCAUUAAGUACGUUCUCGUCAAGGAGAACUCUUGAAAGAACAACACGAGAUGGGGACGGUGUGGUCAGAAAAAAAAUGUUCGGGACUUUGGCUUUUAAGCUUAUCUAGCAAAAUAUUCUUUAAGCGUGGAGUCUAAGAU